UUUCAAGGGUUUGUAGGUGAGGAGGAUUGUCUUUAUUUGACCGUUUACACGGCCCACUUGAAUGCUAGUUUUGAUGUGGUUGUGUACAUUCAUGGUGGGGAUUUCGCGACUGGUUAUGCCAGUGUUUACGAACCUGACUAUUUUAUAGACAAAAAUAUAGUUUUCGUAAACUUGAAUUAUAGAUUAGGGCCGUUAGGUUGGUACCACCAAAUCAAAUGAUGAGAUAAUACAAUCGUACCACUAGGUUUUUGAGUACUGAGGAUGACGUAGUACCUGGCAAUAAUGGGCUCAAAGACCAAAUCCUGGCCUUAAAAUUCAUCAAAAAAUAUAUCCGCCAUUUUGGUGGUAAUCCUGACUCGAUCACACUUUUCGGAGAUGGUACUAGUGUUAACUUCCAUUACUUAUCGCCACAAUCCCGUGGGUUGUUCCACCGUGGUUGGUCCAUGAGUGGUACCAUGCUAGUACCAUGGGCCCUAAUGGAGCAACCAUUGGCCCAAACGAAAAAACUCGCCACUGUCGUGGGUUGUGGUACCGAUGGGACAAUGAUCAAGUGUUUGAAAAGUAGACCAGCCAGGCAAAUUACGGUCACAAUACCAGAGUACCAAGCUUGGUGGUACCUGCCAUUUGCCCAAUUUGCGCCCGUGGUUGACUCCUGGGCCACUCAACCGGUACUAUCAGCCCAUCCUUACCAAAUGAUCAAAAAUCAACAAGUCUAUGACGUUCUUUGGAUCGUUUCUUUUACAAACUCUGAAGGCUUGUACGCAAUUAACGAGAUCUACGAUAAUGCACUUUUGGCACUUCUUGAUGACUACUGGAAUGAGUAUAUUCCACCAAUUUUGUACUACAAUUACACCGUGGAUCGAGAUUUGCAAGAUGAGGUGAGUCAGAAGAUUAGGAAGUACUACCUUGGAGAGAAGAAAUUGUCGAAGAGGACGUUUCGGGAGUUGGUGGCGAUGUUCUCAGACCGGAUUUUUAUCAACGAUAUCGUCAAAACCGCCAAACUGAUGGCAAAAUCAAUGAAAUAGCCCACCUAUGCCUUGAAAUUUGAAUACAGGAGUGGGAAUAGUUGGUUCGGGCUUGAAACAGAGACUGGGAGGAAUUUUGGAGCAGCUCAUGCUGAUGACCUCCUCUAUAUUUUCAAGAGGGAUCCAUUUGAUACAAGCGGAAGCCAACGAGAUAGAGCUAUGGUUAAAAUUUUUGUCGAUUUGUUGGCAUCGUAUAGUCACACGCGCAUUCCAAAAGUAAAAACAAUGGAGUGGCUACAAGUACCAAAAAAUGCCACAGAUGACUUGACUUUCCUAAAAAUUGGAGCCCCGAACGAUGUGACUGUGGAAACGUCAGUCCAAGGCAGUGCCCCAUUUUGGGAUUCGCUACCAAUCAAGGAAAAUGAAAAGAUUCCAUAAUUUUGAAAUAAAUUGUACAUCAGUU